ACGUGGUGACAUAUGUGAAAUGUUUUGAUUACAUGUAUUUUUAAUAAACUUUUUUUAAUAAUAAUUAAAUUUAAAUGUAACAUUUAUUCAAUACACAUUCACCAUAUUAAUUUUUAUUUGGUAUAAAAAAAUUAUCAGUUGACUUUUACUUUCAAAUGAAUCAAUUUUGUAACCAUGAAAAACAUUUUACAAUAACUAUUUAGAUUUUAAUUAUGUGGUGGGGUACAGAGCCGGACCCAGGUGGGUCUCAGGCCCCGGGAUCAUCAACAUCAACUGAGCAGCAAGAAUUAAAUGAAUUAAAAGAUCAAUCCGAACAACAACAAAAAUUAAUAGCACAAUUAAAAGAAAUGUUACGAAAAACUGAUCAAAUGGCUACAACAGCAGCAUCCUUGGAAAAGGCAGAAAAGUUAACAUCAACAUUAUCGAAAAUGCAGAGUAGAGCCAAGAAAAAUAAACAAAGAAAGUUGUUAUUAGAUGAGGAUAAAUCAUCACAAGAAGGAAAAACACAAUCUCAAAUUGAUACACCUGGCAAGGAGAAAAUGAAUUUGUUACGUAAACAAUUGGAAGAAAAUAGGGCCAAAUUAGCCGAACGUGGUAAACAUCAAAAAAGCGUUGAAGAUAAAGUAACACAAUUAAAAGCUCAACUCGACGAUUCACAAGCAUUGGUAAAUCAAUCUUUGUCAAAUAUUUCAAUAACCAAAGAACCGAAAUCAACGCCAUCCAAAAUAACAGUCUACUCAAUUGAUUCAACGAACGAGGAAUUAUUUGCAUUAAUCACUGAAAAAGAUCAGCAUAUUAACGAGCUAAACUUACGAAUUGAGCAACUUGAAGCUAAUGUUUUAGAUCUACAAGAAAAUGUAAAAGAGAAGGAUUCAGUUAUUGAGGCUCGAACCAAGGCUAUUACGUUAAUGUCCGAAGAUUUGAGUCGUCGUGGUAAAUCAACCUUAGAUAUGUUAGACGAAACCAAAGAACAGAUGCGAUUAAUGCAAAAUAAUUUUGUAAAGUUAGAGGACGAAAUGAAAAUUGAAAAACAAAAAAUUCUCGACGAACUCGAAGAUAAAAAGAAACACAGUUUAGAACUCGAAGAAACUAAUCAAUUACUAACCAAAAGAAUUCAAGAAAUUGAAGUUGAAUUAAAAACAUUAAAAGAUGAAAAUGAUCAAUUAACAAGUAAUAAUCGUCUAUAUUCUGAGCAACUUACAGAAAAAGAUCAGAUUAUACAAGAAUUACAACAAAAAGUUAAUUCGAACGAAAAUGAGCCAACGAAAAAUAAAAAAGCCUUAAAAAAAGAAUUAGAAGCGUUACGAAACGAAAAUGUUCAACUAAAGGAGCAAAUAUUUAAUUUGGAAAAACAAUCCAGUGAAACGAGUGGAGGUAAUACGGAGGAUGUAGAAAAAUUAAAAAAACAAUUAGAUGAAAUGAAUAAGAGCAUGAUUAAAUUAAAAGCACAAAAUAAAUCUAAAAUAAAAGAGUUACAAAAACAAAUUGAUAUAUUUAAAAAAACUGAUGAUAUUCAUGCUGAAUUCUUGAAAAUUAAUGCUGAUAACAAUAAAUUAAAACAACAAAUUGCUGAAUUGGAAGAGGAAAAAGGCAAUUUACAGUUAAAUUUAGUUGAUUAUGACGCUAAAUCAGAUAAUACAAAUAUGCAAGGUAUUGUAACAGAAUUAAAACAAAAACUUGAACAAUUACAAAUUGAGCUUGAAGAAAAAGAAAAAGUUGUAAAUACAAUACAGAAAGAAAAGGAUGAAUUGAGUACAGAAAUGGAAAAUCGACAAAUUGAAUUUAAUUCAAUACAAAAACGUAUUACAGAAUUAUCACAAAUGGAAGCUGAACAUGUUAAAACACAAAUGACAUCAGCUCAUUUAGAAGAACAAAUGGAUGAGUUAAAAGUGAAAAAUGACGAUUUAACACAACAAGUAUCCGUAAUAUCAAAAGAAAAUAUUGCAUUACAUGAACGUAUCGAAACAAUAAUCACCGAAAAACAAGAAUUAAAUACAAAAUUAGAAAAUUUAAUACAUGAAAAUAUUGAUUUAGUUGAUCGAUUAGAGAAAUUAAGUGCUGAAAAAGUAUCAUCAGCUGAAAGUAUUGAAAUUGUUGAAUCAUUAACGCAACAAGAGAAAUUAGAAAUUGAAGAAUUCCAUCAAAAAUAUAAUGAACCAGACACGGAAGAGAAUAUCCAUGAAUUAGAACAGAAUCCUGAAUUAAAUGAUAGUGUAGCUAAAUUAACGGAAGAAAGUGUUGAAUUAAUUGAAAAAAUUGAAUUGUUUACAAUUGAACGGAAGGAAGUUAUGGAGAAAAUGGAAAAUUUAACAUUAGAAAAUAAUCAAUUAAAUGAAAAAUUAAAAAUAUUAGAACAAGAAAAAUUACAAUUAGAGGAAACGUAUGAAACACUUUUUGAUAGUAAAACAAAACUUGAACACGAAUUUGAACAAUUGAAACAAAGUGCUGGCAAGCCAGAAAGUGGAGAUGGAAAGAGUGAAGAACAAAUUGUGUAUUAUAAAAAUUUGGUGAAUGAUCAAGAAAUCGAGAUAACGAAUUUAAAAGAAGAAUUAUCUAGAAAUCAAAAAUUACUUGAAGAUUUGGGUGUUGAAAAAGCAACAGUGGAAUCAACAUUACAAGAGAUUAUUAAGGAGAAAGAUGAAAUUACAGAAUCGUUAACAGAAAGUAUUAAUAAAAUUAAAUAUUAUGAUGAAAAAAUUACAGAAAAUGACACAUUAAUUGAGAGUUUAAAUAAUGAUUUAAAUAUUUAUAACAAUCGUAUACAACAAGCUGAAAAAUUAUUGCAGGAAAAAGAUAUGUAUAUUGCUGAAAUUGAGCAAGAUAAAAGUAACAAAGAUAUUGAAAAUAAUAAAUUAAAAACUGAAAUUCAAACUAUUAUACAAAACUUCCAAUCGAAAUAUCAUGAAUUAGAAACAAAAAUUGAUUCACCAAUAUUAAAAACAGAAAUCGAAAAUUUACAACAACAAUGUAUCACUUUGGAUAACACAAACAAAGAACAAUUACAAAGAAUGAAAAAGAUUGCAGCACAUUUAAAAAAGAAAACAUCCGCCUGCGAGGAAUUAGAAAAAGAAGUUGAAAAUCAAAAAACAAUUAUUGAAACAUUAACCGCUCAAAUAAAAGAACAAACUGAACAAAUUGAAGAAUUAUUAAGAUCAAAACAAGAAGUUGAUGAAUUAGUAAAAUCAAAGCAACAACUUGAAAAGGAAUUGUUAAAAUUAAAAGAUGAUUUUGGUCUUAAAGAACAACAAUUACAACAAAAUGAAAUGAUUAUUGAAAAUAUUGAACAUGAGAAAAAUCAUUAUUUUGAUAAAAAUUCUGAAUUAUCUGAACAAUUAUCAUUGUUGCAAAAUGAAAAACAAAAUUUAGAAGCAAAUCUUAAUAAUUUAAAUGAACAAUUACAAUUGAAAACAGACAAUUUUAAUGAAUUAAUGCAAUCAUAUCGUCAACUUGAUGAUGAAUUCGCAAAUAAUAAUGUAAAUGUUAAACAAUUACAACAAAAAAUUGAAGAAUUAACAACGGAAAAUAAUGAAUUAUUAGAACAGAAUCAAAUUAAUAAUAAUAAUAUUCAUUCUUUACAACAACAAUUAAAUAUAAUGGAUGAAAAAUAUCGUACACAGCAAUUAGAACAAAUGGAAAAUUAUGAGGAAAUUAAUAAUAAAUUACAAACGCAGGUGACACAUCUGGAAAAUGAAUUGUUUAAGGUAAAUAAUGAUUUAAAAAUUGAAAAAGAACAAUUUGAAAAAUAUGAGUAUGAAACAACAAUUCAAUACGAUGAAUAUAAUAACGAACGUAAAAAAUUAAUUGAAACAAACGAACGUUUAAAUAAUGAAUUCAACGCGAUUCAAUUACGUAUUCAAGAACUUGAAAAUGAAAAUAAAGAGCAAAUUAAAGAAAUCGACAAUAAAAAUGAUAUUAUUGAAAAUUAUCAAAAGCAAAUUAAUGAUCUACAAUAUAUGUUUAGUGAAAAUGAACAAAAAAUUGAAGAAAAAUAUAAAAAAAUUAUUUCUGAACUACAAGAAACACAAAAACAAGUCGAAGAAAUACAAGCGGUACCAACUGAAAGUUAUUCACCUAAUCAAAAUAUUCAAAUUGAAGAAGAAAUCCAAAAGAGCGUUCACGUACCUGCACAAAGUGCUCAAGUAUCUUCACAAAACAUUGAACAUGAUUUAAAUGAAAAAAUCAAAACUUUACAAUUUAUGUUACAUGAUUCCGAAAAAAGUAAAGAAGAUGUUUUAGAAAUGUGUCAAGAGUUAUUAAAUGAAAUUGCAUGGCGUGAAUAUGAACAAAAUCAGAAAAAAACUGAAAUCAAAGAAAAAUCUGAAAUAUCACCAGAUGUUUUAUCUGCUAUUGAAAGUGAAAUAAUUACAGGAGAAGAAAAACCAAUUGAAUCAUUAGUGUCGCAACCAGUUUUAUCUGAGAAGGAUCCACAUCGAGAAGAAGAAGAAAUUACAUGUAAAAAGGCAUAUAAAUGUUAUACACAGGCUGAUGAAGCAAUAAUUUUAGAUAACGAAGAAAAUUUAUGGGGUUCGGAUGAAGCAAAAUUAGAAGAUGUUCACAUACAAAACACUACAGUUUUAGAAUCAAAAAUCAAAGAUUUAGAAAAUGAACGUGAUCAAUUACAGGAAGAAAUUAAACAAUUACAAAUCCGUUCAAAUAAAAUACUAAAAAAAUUAAAAGAAUUUAAAGAGAAAAAUGAUCGAUUAACAAAUCAAUUAAAACAAAAUAGUAACACUGACGAUGAUUUAAAUAAAGCAAUCGAAAAUGAAUUAAAAUCACAAAUAACUUCAUUGGAAAAACAAUUAAAAGAAAUCAAAUCUGAAAAGGAACAAGAGAGCUCGGAACGUAAGAGUUUACUCCAACAAAUUGAACAAUUAAAAUCCGAUAAUCAACGUUUGAAAGAGAGUUAUAACGUAGAAUUAAUUGACAAAAAUAAUUUACAAUUGUUAAAUAAACAACUAAAUGAUAAAAUCAAUGAAUUGAAAUGGGAUUCACAAUCAUGGGAUGAAUCAUCCACAUCUAAAUCGAUUGAUCAACACGAUUCUCAUGAAUCAAAUCAUAAACUUAAAGAUUUACAACAAGAAAUUGUACAAUUAAAUCAAAAAAUUAAUGAUUUAUCAAUUGAUAACGAAGAAAUGCAAGCUCUAUUAGAAGAACAAGUUGAACUUCGUAAACAAUUAGAAAAGAAAUUAGCUGAUCAUAAAAAUACGGAUACAAAACAAUUAUGGGAUGAUUAUAAUCAACUUGUUAAAGAAAAAAAUGAUUUAACGUUAGAAUUAACAAAUUUAAAAGGGAAUACAUCCGAUGAGUUACAAAAAGAACGUGAUGAUCUCUUACAAAAAUAUCAUCAAUUAUUGGAAGAAAUUAAAACAAUGAUACCACGGAAUGAUUUUAAAAAUUUACAAGAUGAAUUUAAUAAUUUACAAUUAAAAUAUCAAAAUGAUUUUGAAUUGAUUACAAAUGAAAAAUUGGAAUUAACUAAACAAUUACAAAGUAUUCAAAUUGAAUAUAAUAAUUUAGUUAAAAAUUUAGAUGAAAAAAUUCAAUUAUGUAAUGAAUUAUCUGUAUGGAAAAAUGAAACAGAGGGACAAGUUAAUGAAUUAAAACUUCAAAUUGAAAAAAGUACGGAAAUAAUUAAAAAUUAUGAUGAGCAAUUAAAAAUAAAAGAAGUGGAAAUUGAAGAAUUAACGAAACAAAAUGAGAAUUUAAAAGUUGAUGUAUUAGAUUCAAUUAAACAGGAAUUAAAGAUUAAAGAUAAUGAAAUUGAAGAAUCAAAAAGAUAUAUUGAAUUGAUUAAGCAAGAAUUAACUAUUAAAGAUAAUGAAAUUGAAGUAUUAAAAAAACAGAUUGAAAAUGAAAAAGCUGAUGUAUUCGAUUCAAAUAUCAAAGAAAAUGAAAUUGAAACACUCAAACAAGAAUUAAUACUUAAAGAAAAUGAAUUAGAAGUUUUAAAAAAACAGAUUGAAAAUAUGAAAGCUGAUGUAUUUGAUUCGAAUAUCAAAGAAAAUGAGAUUGAUAUGCUUAAACAAGAAUUAUCUUUUAAAGAAAAUGAAAUAAUAGAAUUGAAAAAGCAUGCUGAAUUAUUAGAAAAAAUUAAACAAGAAUUAAAUAUUAAGGAAAAUGAAAUAAGUGAAUUAAAAAAUCAACAUAUUCUUGAAUUAGAUAAUCUAAAAUCAACAUUAGCCACUGCAUGGGUGGCUGAAGUUGAUAAACGUGGCGCAGAAGUGGCAGAAAGUUGGAAAACACAUUUAGAUCAACGUGAAUAUGAAUUCUCUCAACUGGAAAAUUCUUUACGUAAUGAAAUACAAAUAAUGCAAGAUAAAUAUACUACACUAUUAGAAAAUAAAACUGAAACUGAAAUACAAAAAUCUGAAUCGAUUCAUGAAGAACGACAAAAAUUAACACAAACAAUUAUGCAAUUAGAAACAAAAUUAAAUGAAAGUGAAAAUAAAUUUACUGAAUUGAAUGAUCAAAAUAAUUAUUAUAAAAAUGAAAUCGAUAAUUUUAAUUCAAUAAUUGAAGUGAAAGAUGCUCAAAUACAACAAUUAACGCAUGAAUUACAACAAAUAAAAGAAAAAUUAACAAUACGAUUAAAUGAAAUUGAACAAAUUCAUGAAUAUGUUGAAUUAUUAAAAUUAAAAGAUAUUGAAAUCAAUAAUAUUCGAACUGAAUUAGAAACGAAAUACAUUGAAUUUAAUGAUGUUCAAAAUAAGUUAGAAUUGAAAGAAAAUGAAAUUAAAAAUAUUCAAAAUGAACUAGAAUUGAAAGAUAUUGAAAUUAAAGAUAUUAAGAAUGAAUUAAAUCUUCAAAAUCAAGAAUAUAAUAAAUUACAUUCUCAACUUGACAAUAAUGUGCCAUUGAAUAAUGAAAUAUCACGAUUAAAUGAUGUAAUUACGUCACGUGAAAAUGAUUUAAUUAAUUUACAAACACAAUUAGAUAGCAAAUCACAACAAUGUAUGGAAUUAGAGAAUAAAAUCGCCGAAUUAGAUUAUCUAAUUAAUGAGGAUACGAAACAAAUGUCCGAUUUAAAGGAUAUCAUCGAAUCACAAGUAUUAAAAAUAGAAAAAUUAAAAUCUUCCUCACAAGAAAAUUUGGAACAAAUUGAUGAAGAAAAAUCUUUAGAAAAACAUGUACAUUUCCCAGAAUCAGAACAAUUAGUAACACAACAUUAUUAUGAGCGAAGUGGUGAUCAAUUAGAGUCUCAAGAAUUGGAUAGUGGAUCCGAGUUAGUUAGUAAAGCUGAAUUAGAAUUAGCACUUUAUAUGUUACAUCAACGUGAUGUACGAUGCGAAGAGUUAACCGUUGAGCUAAUGCAAUUGUUAGAGGAACGAGAUACGUUACAAUUACGUUUAUCCAAUUCAAUAAGAAUGAAUGAAGAAUUACGACGUAAAUUAAGUCCUAGAAAAUUAAAAGAUUCAAAUUCAUCAACGUCACUUGAUGAAAGUUUGUUAUCAUCUGAUCCAAAUCUAUCAACGUCAGUACGGAAAAGUAAAUCUUCGGAUAUAUUAAUCGGUGCAACUGGCGCUGAAAUUGCCAAAGAAGCUACAGAGGAACAUGAAGAUAGGACUAGUCAUACUGAAGAAAUGGCGUACUUAGAGAAUAAACUUUCUGAAUUACAAUCGAUUGAUCACCGCCGGGAUGUAACAUUGAAAGAUGAAAAAGAGGCUAGACAUAUACAAUUGUCAUUGUUACAACAGCAUCGUGAUUUGUCAAUGUUGCCUGCUGAAGCUGCAGCCCGAUUAGUUGAUGCCAAUUAUACCUUAUCACGAGAAUCAGAGAGUGCCUCAACAGUUUUAUUAAAUUGGUUAUGGGGAAAAAGUACACCAAAAAUCAAUCAUCUAUGAGAUAAAAUUCUUGUGUGUGCUGUGAAUAUUAUCCCAAAUAUUUUGUAAUUUAAGUUGUACAUUUGUAUUAAUAGGUAAACUUAUUAAACCUUUUUUGUAAAAUAGAAAAUUCUUGAAAAUAUAAAAAGAGUA